GAGAGUUUCCUGCUGGUACGACCAAGUGUCUCUCCCAGCGUUUAAUGUGGCUGUUCAACAUGGACUUUAAAAACUUAACUGGGCCUGAAUGAAGUUCAGGUGAGAGUGGAUGGAUCUUCAGACAGGAAUUCAUGCAUCAUGGAGACGUUCACCAGGUGGUGCUUUGUUUGGAUACUUAUGGAAGGAACCUUGUGUUUGUUGGUUCUUGGGCAAAGUCACGCCAACUUCACCUUCAGCAAGAGAACAUCACCUGAACUCAACAGAGACCAAGACCCUCCUUCACAGAAGAACUUGGCUCUCCAAACAGGGAGUUUGAUGCAGAACACCAAACUACCCAUCAGCCGCUUUAUUCCUCUUUCAAAACAGGGACUCAUGGAAGUACUAGGAAGAAACUCCCAGCCACACUCCAACCCAUCCUUAAAGAUAAAGCUCCGUCCCGUCAUGAAAGUCCAUGGAACAUCCAAAGUCUCCAGGACGUUCAGCUGGGGGGACUUUUACUCAAACAUCAAGACUGUCAAACUCAAUUUGCUGAUAAUGGGCAAGAUCGUGGAUCAUGGGAACGGCUCUCUUGGAGUGUACUUCCGCCACAACUCCACAGGUGUGGGCAACGUCUCCGUCAGCCUUGUUCCGCCGAUGAAAGAGGUGGAGUUUGAUCUAGAGCGCCAAAGCGUGGUUAACCCCAAAGACUCAAAGACAUUCAACUGCAGGGUGGACUAUGAGAAGACGGAGCGUAACAAAAAGGUGAUGCUGUGUAACUAUGACCCAUCCAAGACGUGCGCUCAGGAGCAGAUCCAGAGCCACGUCACCUGGAUGUGCUCCAAACCUUUCCAGGUCAUCUGCAUCUACGUGUCGUUCUACAGCACAGACUACAGACUGGUUCAAAAAGUAUGUCCAGACUACAACUACCAGAGUCCAGGAGCCUACUUGCCCACAGGGUGACCAGAGGUCAAGGACACUAGUGGAGAAUAAUGUCUCAAUAAAGAGAAAUCCAGUGUGAGCAGCUAUGAGCAGUUUUUAAAAGGCUUGCAAAGCUUAGCAUCUCUCUAGAGAAUAUCUUUGUCUUACAGUUUACCCAAUACUGCAAAGUAUGUUUCUAGUCUAAUAUCCUGCUUGUUGUAGACUACAAGAAUUAUAUUACACUGUUUUAAUGAAAUGCAUAUAAUUGGGGCUGCAACUAUUAUUUCAUGAUCAAUUAUUGUGAUUACUUUUUACAUUAUGUAUUAAUCAGUUGUUUGGUUUUGUGGACAGAAAGUUGUGAA